AGCGCGUGGCGUCCCAGGGCCCGCGCACGCGCCCUGGCGGCGUUCCGCCCAUACGCGCGAGUACGCACGCGCGCAGCAGGCUCUGCGUACUCCCACCCCCCCCCUUUAUUUUUCUACAGCCCCGCCCCUCCCUUACACUCCUUAGGCUGAAGCGUUGGGGCUCUGAGAGCAGGGAAGUGUGGGGCGAGGUGGGCGGGGCAUCGCCCGCGCGCGCUGCCAGCCAGAGCUGGAGCUGCGAGAGCGAAGCCAGAAAACGUUACCCAGCCAACAGCCAAUAAGCAGCCGGCGCUGCCACGCCCCAGCCACUCACGUGAUUGGCUGAGCACCGCCUGGUGGGCAGGGCCGCGGGCUUGGGGAGGGCAGGGGGCGGGAGGAGGAAGGCGCUGGCGGGCAGUGAUGGCGGCGGGUGAUGGGGACGUAAAGCUAAGCACCCUGGGGAGCGGCGGAGAGCGUGGAGGCGACGGGAGCCCGGGUGGCACGGGAGCGACGGCGGCGAGGAGCAGUUGGGUGGCGGCGCUGCUGGCGACGGGCGGGGAGAUGCUGCUGAACGUGGCGCUGGUGGCGCUGGUGCUGCUGGGGGCCUACCGGCUGUGGGUGCGCUGGGGGCGGCGUGGUCUGUGCUCGGGACCCGGGGCGGGCGAGGAGAGCCCGGCCGCCACGCUGCCGCGCAUGAAGAAGCGGGACUUCAGUCUGGAGCAGUUGCGCCAGUACGACGGGGCGCGCACGCCGCGCAUCCUGCUCGCGGUCAAUGGGAAAGUCUUCGACGUGACCAAAGGCAGCAAGUUCUACGGCCCCGCGGGCCCAUAUGGCAUCUUUGCUGGCAGGGACGCUUCCAGGGGCCUGGCGACAUUCUGCCUGGAUAAGGAUGCACUUAGAGAUGAGUAUGAUGACCUCUCAGAUUUGAACGCAGUGCAAAUGGAGAGUGUUCGAGAAUGGGAAAUGCAAUUUAAAGAAAAAUAUGAUUAUGUAGGCAGACUCCUGAAGCCCGGGGAAGAGCCAUCAGAGUACACAGACGAGGAGGACACCAAGGAUCACAGUAAACAGGACUGAGCUUUGUGAACAGCCAAAGCCAGGGGCCUUCAGAACUGCAACUCAUGCCCUUGGAGAGUGUGUCCAGUCUUGGGUGUGAUGCUCCUGCUGUGAGAACCGUUUCACCAGAGUGAACAAGAUAACAUGCCUGACUGUGAAGAGCUGAGGAUGAGGCAUUGGUUGUGCUGCCAGGUGAAUUUGUUGCAGUUGGUUGUAACGUCUGGUGGGCUUCAUCAUCCUGAAAAGGAGACAGGACCUUCUUAACAGCAAGAGAGUCACUGGCUUAUUUUUACCCCUCCCCUUCCUCCCCCCUCUUCCUCCUCCUCCUCCUCUUCCUCUUCUUCCUCCUCCUCCUUCUUCCCCUCUCUCUCUCUCUCUCUCUCUCUCUCUCUCUCUCUCUCUCUCUCUGCUUCCUUUCUUUUCUCCACCCCCUCCCAUGUCUCUCUUUUAAAACAAAACAAAAAAGUAUCAAAGACAACCAGAUAGGUAUUUGCUCCUCGGUGUGCAGAUCUCUGGAAAGCAAGGGGUCCUUUCUCACAGGCCACGUUUUAUUUGUGUUAAGGGAAGAGCCCUAGCCAGGGGAGAGGGGGUUGCAUAUUCAUUUAAGAAGUUCGGGCGACUGAAACAUUCAAACGUGAACUCCCAAACUUUUCUUUCUGGGCUUUGUCAGGGAAGAGGGAAAAUGUCCUUCUAAGAAAGAUUUGGAAGUUAGAGGGGUUUCCAGUGGAUUAAAGUCAGCAGUUCCCAGCUAAGAUAAUUUGAAACCAGUUUUAUUUCUUUCCCUUCCUUCUGCUAGGUCAAAUCAAUAUUAAUUGUGCCUUAUUUCACUUCCAUAAACUUGAAUUACUUUUUGGGAAAGCCCCUCUGUGAAUUGAGAAGUCACUACAAGCAGCAUUGAGACUGAGGCUGAUGUCAUUCUGUGUGUAGAAUGGAAGAGGAGUGUACUCAGUGUUAACUGCCAUGUGUUAGUACACAAACAUAGCUAGCAUUGUGAUGGCCAAAUGCAUCCCCUGUGCUUUUGUCUUUUCCAAGAAAAAAUGAAAAACCAACAACUCUUCCCCAACACUUGCCUAAUUUUAGGAGUCUGACCCUCACAUGUCACUGGUGUGGGCGAGUGGGGCUGCAGUAUGAAUGUCUGUGUGAGUGAGUCUGGAUGUCUGUGAGAGCACCUUGGGAGAGACACUUCCUGCGAUGCUGUAAAUACAAGUACCGUUUUAAUAAAGCAUGUACAAUAAACCAAAUACGCUCGAGUUGGCCUCUAAAUGCAGAGCCGUGAGCCAGUGUGUCAUAUACCAGUAAGACUGCAUUUAAUUCAGGAUGAGGGGAACCUCUUAGGAAUGAAAAUGGGGCCCUGAUUAGCCAAGCUGUACGUGUCCCAUGCUCAGUGUAACUUCCAAGGCAGGUCCACCUUGGUGGAUGGUUCAGGUAAGAAGGGAUAUUACAGUGUACAGUCUGCUCAGGCUUCACUGCCACUGUGCAGGAACUGAUAUAAAAACACAGUAUUAUACCCAUAGCCAGUAAAUCCCUUUCUUGUUAGUUGAAAAAGUUCUAUUUCAAAGCCUGCUUAGGUCAAGUUUUGGCUUCAUUAUGAUGGAUUCUUGGUCAGGGACAAAUUGCUCUCACAGAGGAAAGCCCCAAAUAGGUGACAUUAAAAACUGUGUUCCUGGUGGGUGCAGUGCAAACAGAAGCUUCAGAAGGUGUGGUGGUAAGCAGAAGGGUGCAGGGUGCUACACUCUUAGCAUAUUAAAAUAUUCUCCAAAAUGUGUGGUUAUCACCAGAUCCUGACUGAAGGACUCUUGUGGGGACUAAAGAGUAUUGGGAAAUGCUUUCUUUUUUAUGUAAAAUAUUUUAUAAAAGCAAAUUGUUAUAUAUAUCCUCUGAUAUAGUAAACUGGUGUAUCUGAACCAUUGAGCCUGAAGGUUGAUAAUCUGCAUUUGUGAGAAGCCCCAGGUAUUUAUGCAGUAAAAACAAUGCAUUUUGUUUUUUAAAAGGAAGUGGUUUUGUGUUUUGGACUUUAAAUAAACUGUGUUCUGUAGAUAAUUUCUUAA